AUUAUUGUUGGCGAACACCGGCGGCGGAGGCACGCGCGCCGAGACGACUAAUCGCACACUUAGCGGUUGUCGUCACGCGCAUCAACAGCGCCGCAGCCGCCGCGCCGCCGUGCCGCCGUCGUCCGUUGUCGUAUAAAGAGCGUUCGCUCGUCGCCGACAGCUGCACAAACGUCGUCAAACUCGCGACGCGAAGACACUUUGAAAACAUAAUAGUUGUUAUUACUUAUACGAUAUCAUAGCAUACGAUUUUUACGUUUCCGUUUAACGAUAGACUAUCGUGAGUAACUUUUUAUAUUGAAUAUAAAAUAAAUUCGUCUCUCGAACGUGUCAUCAACAGACACAUACGAUAAAAAGAUAAUCAUCAUCGUCGUCAUUAUGCCGUGUCACGAAGUCGCACCGACCGUCAUGCAACAGUACCACACUUACGAAGACGACAGAUCGUCUGGCAAAACAUUCGACUCCGACUCUGACAGUUCCGGAUCCGACGAGAUAGUCACCGCGCAUUCGACCAAUGUGGUUCGGGCUUGCAGCAGGGGAAAGUGGCUGAAGACGCUGCGGACGGUCAUCGACAUGAUGGACGGCGGUGGAAGUGGACGACGGCCGCGACAGGUCAAGACCAUACUCAGGCCGCCGACCACGUACGUGUUCGUGAUCGGCAUGUCUGGACUACCGUCCAAGGUGGCCAUCUACCCGAGGAGGAUGUAAGGGGACCCGUCGGGAAGUGGACGCCUGACAUUACGACGACCGGCAGACGAUCUGCCAAGAUGUGAUGAAAUAUUACAAAAACCGGAUGCCACGAUAUUAUCAUUAUUCGUAUGAUUCACAUUGAUUUAUUUCUAGUGUGAUUUUGACCAGAUAAUAUAGUCGUAAAUUGGUUUUGUGACUGAAAAUAAUAAUUAUACAUUGUGACCCUCUGACGUUUCCUAUACUGUGUAUAGGUAACGAUCGUUUCGAUAUUUUCGAGACGUUUCUCUUAAUUUAUUUAUUUAUGCAAUUUGAAAUGUUUUUUCAUCGUUCAUUUCCAAUGACGAUAAUUUUAUACAAUUUUUUUAAAUUUUAUAAACGCUUUUGAUACGAUCAUAUUAUAAUUAAAUUAUUUUGUAUGGGGCAUGUCCCACGUGGUACUUAUCAAAAUAUGUGUGUAAAAAUAAGAGAGAUUUGCAAUACUGAAAAAACGGGCCUAACUUCCGUGUAAAUAUGUAUCAAUAAUUUUACCACGUCAUUUAAAUGUGUCUUGAAAAUUAUAAAUUAUUGUUUUUAACAAAAUGAAACAAUAAAAAUAA